AGAAUGUUUAAACCAACCAUUUCAUUUUUGAAUCAUUUUGCAGUAUGGUGGAACUUGGAGCAUUACCAAUUGAAAUUGUCAAUGAAAUUAUUGAAAAACUGAAGCCAGUUCACAGAUUAACCCUGCGGGAUGUGUCUAGAAACUUUCGAGCAGCUGUCGAUAACGUGGGGAUUGAUUGUGAAAAAGUGGAAAUUGUGCUGAAACCUGAUAAUAUCGUCAAUUUAUCAGUUGACGGAGAUGAUGCCUCCAAUCACGAUUUGGAUGUAAUUUUGAAGGCUCGAUUAGCCCAUUUAUCUGUGUCGUUUGAUACUGAAAACAAAGAAAAUCGACGUAUUCACUCGGAAUCCUUGGCUUCUACUUUAAAAAACCUAGAAAACUGCACAACACGGAGCCUCCUGUUAAAGGAUCUCAGUUGCCACGAAAUUCUGCUCCUUCUACCAUUUUUCAAUGUUCUGGGGGAGAUUUCAAUUGAUGGCAUCACAUGUAUCGAUCAGCUCCGAGAAGUUGGACAGCGGAGCCAAUGGAGCAAGGUCACCAGUUUGAUAUCUCGCGUUUGGAUUAAAGAUAUGACCAUACUCAAGCAUUUAUUCCAUUUAAAUAGAUUUUAUGUCAAAGCUAAAUCGAUUCCGGUUGAGAGUGCGAUUAAGAUAAGAGAUAUUCUUCUAAACAACGCCACUUUCCAAAAUUGCGUUAUUCGCAUUGCCGAGUGGAAAACUGGCAUACCGGAAAUAGCAAAAGUAUUUCAACCGGACUACACAGACGGGAAUCUAAUUCGUUAUAGAAAUUCAUUCACUAUUUCUUUUACUUCUCACAGUCUUUGUAUCAGGAGAAAUGAAUAAUAAACUCAGUGUUUUGGGAUGCUGAACUUG